AUGAAGUUGAUUAUUGCCCUCUCCUGCCUGUUGGUAGUGGCCUUCGCCAAUGAAGAUCCCAAUGUCCUAAAGAACGAUGCCGAGGUGAACGUGGAUAGUUUCAAGUAUUCUUAUGAGUUCGACAACAGCAUUAAGGCCGAUCAACAAGGUGAGCUGAAGGGAGCCGACAUCUGGUAUGUUACUGGUCAAAACAGUCAUACUUCUCCUGAGGGAGAGCAAGUUUCCAUUCAAUAUCAAGCCGAUGAAAAUGGUUACCAAGUGCUGGGUGCCAAUCCUCCCCUACCAACCUCACCACCAAUUCCAGAGGCCAUCCAGAGGGCUCUUGAUUAUAUCAGAGACCACCCAAGUCAAGAAGACAGGCAUUAAAUAAUGUU